AUGACAACUGCAUACCAUCCGCAAGCCAACGGAAUGGUUGAACGUUUUCAUAGGCAACUCAAAGCAGGAAUUAUGUGUCAUGAAGACAACAAAUGGACGCAACGACUUCCUAUUGUUUUAUUAGGCAUUAGAUCAGCACCCAAAGAAGAUCUACAGGCAAGCUCAACAGAGCUAGUAUAUGGAGAAAGUGUCCGUUUACCAGGAGAAUUUUUCGAAAACCAUAAAGUACAGGAUACCAAUGAUUUCGUAAAACAACUACGCCAGCAUAUCAAGGAAAUUAAACCUACAGCUCCGGUUAAACACGGAGAGAAAAAACCUUUUAUUUUUAAAGACCUAGCAACGUCGCAACAAGUCUUCGUUCGCCAUGACGCGGUAAGAAAACCCUUACAGCCACCAUACGACGGACCAUAUACGGUAAUUGACCGCGCUACAAAAUACUUUACCCUUGAUAUCGCCGGAAAACAUACAAAAAUCUCCAUCGACAGCCUUAAACCAGCAUAUUUAUUAAAAGGUGCAGCAAACAAUAAUACACAACACAACAAGACUAACCUGCAACCAGAAGUACAAGCACAAGGCACUUCAAACGUACCAACGACAACACGUUCCGGUAGAAGAGUAAAAUUUCCAGACUUCUUCGGAAUGCCGUUAGCUCACGAACAUACUUAUUAA